UCAUAUGUAGACACAACUGUCAAACAUUAACCGUUAUCAAAUAAAUUCUGCUACAUAUGCAAAUAUUUGUGGCUUCCGAUUUUAUAGUGCCAUCGUUGACAUGGAGCUGCGCAGUAAAAAUUACAAUAUGUUAGCACAGCAGCUAAAAAACGCCGGCGUAUACGAAGAAGGAAUGGAAGUCGAAGAAAUGCGCCAGAUUGCAGAGGCUAUUGAAUUGUCUACCUCACAUGCCAAAGACGAUGAUCUGGAGCGCGCUAUAAUGGAAAGCGAACUGGAAUUUUUAACGCAGCCAGGAUACAAUGCAAUGCUGAAUUCCACCAUGAUCGCGCCGUCUUCGGUACAGAUGUCCAGUGGCAACUGUAAUGAUGCUGGUAGCAGUUUUCUUAACUUGCAACAACAGCAUCGCGAAGGCGACAGUCCACCAUCUUCGCCCGUGCAUAUCACUGUGGCAGCGUGGGUGCAUCAUUCUAUUGACUGGACCCCCAACCCAGAACGACGAACAGCGCGUAAACGUGUGGCAGAUGGGGGCACGGAGGAACAUGAGGCGAAGCGUACGCUGCAGAAUAAUGCAAAUUCUUUGGCUGUGCCAGAGCAAAGGGCUGCAGAUGGCGACGCCACUCCAAUUUCGAUGCGCGAAUCAAGCAGUGACUCUGGCAUUAGCUGGGAACAAAUGAGCUCGUUGUCGCUGGCGCACGAGAGCAGCACAAUUCCAUCGAUUGGUGAAAUGCCCAGCCGUCUGUUGAUCAGCACCAGCAGCGCAGCCGUAUCCGAUUUUUCACGCAGCGAUCACGGCAGUCAUGAUGGCGAACAGCAAGAGCUUCGCAGUGCAAACGAUUUUGAUGGCGUGUACUAAAUGUAAACAAAAUAGUGUGCCAUGUGUGGGAAAUUUGCAGAUCCUCAAAAUACAUAAUACAAAACCCACUAAUAUUAAAAAGUUAAAAGCUUUUACAUUUGUAGCAUAAUCAAAUUUUUUAACCAAUUUUAUACAAAGAGCAAUUUUAAUGGAUUUUACAAUAUUAGAAUAUGUUUAAAGAAACUGCAAUCAUCUCUGACUGAACUACAACGAAUAGGCUUCUUUCCGAGCACAACCUGCAAAAUAUCUGUGAAUUUAAUAGUAAUAAAUAAAUGUAUGUAUUUCUCCAUGUAUUUUAUUAAUAAA